UACCUUGAGCCCAGUGCCCUGGGAAGCAGCAGCUGACAUUCAGACAGACUGACUCCACAACUAAGGAUAUAACAGCGCAGCUCCAGGACAGCAGCCUCCGGAUCCCCCCUCCCCUGACCCCACACACGGCAUUUCUUUGGAGCAUAAACCUUCCUGGUUUAGCUUCACAAGAUGGACCUGAGGGUAACAAGUGUUCUCCUCGUCCUCCUAGCUUUGGCUGAGGCAACUCCGGACAGGUACUACCAUGUGCCAAAAGUGAGCAAGACUCCUUACCCUGUCAAGAGUCAUGCUGUUGUAGGCCAGAGCGGUCCUCAAGGUCCACCAGGUCCCCCAGGUGAACCAGGACCAAUGGGACCACCUGGAGCACCUGGAAAGAGUGCUGUAGGACAUACUGGACCACAAGGCCCACCAGGACCUCCUGGAAGCCCUGGCUACUCUCAAGCAGGUAAACCUGGUUCCCCAGGUGCCCCUGGAAAAUCAGGUACCCCUGGUAUCCCAGGUGAGAGAGGUGCACCUGGCGCAACUGGACAAAUGGGUCCUAGAGGUGCACCUGGCACACCUGGUAUACCUGGGCCUGCUGGACUUUCUUCUGUUGGAAAACCUGGACCAUCUGGCAUCCCUGGGGCAAUGGGACCAAGAGGAGAGCCUGGUUUGAAGGGACAUCCUGGUGUUCCUGGUCUUCCUGGCACGAAGGGAGAGAGAGGUAUUGGAGUUCCCGGGGUUCAAGGCUCACCAGGCCCAGUUGGUCCAAUGGGCCCUUCUGGUAUGCCAGGCAAAUCUGGAAUUGGUAAACCUGGUGCCACUGGCUAUCCUGGGGAACCUGGCAAGAGUGGCAUGCCAGGAAGAGAUGGUAGUCCUGGGCCAAUGGGUCCACAAGGGCCAAAGGGUCACACAGGAGCUCCAGGCACAGGGGCACCAGGGAAACCAGGCCAGAAUGGUACCCCAGGUAUGCCUGGACCUAUGGGACUGAAAGGUCCACAAGGUCCUGCUGGUCAGCCAGGUGCCCCUGGCAUGCCCGGUGUUGGUAAAACGGGCGAACCUGGAAUCCCAGGAAGCAGAGGAGCCCCUGGUUCUCCAGGAACCACUGGUCAGAAAGGAGAGCCAGGCCCAACUGGUUUUACUGGUCAACCAGGUGCUCCUGGUCCUAUUGGCCCAGCUGGUCCACAGGGUGCAAGAGGAUUCCAGGGUGAGUCAGGCCCAGUAGGACCCAAAGGCGACAUUGGUAUGGUAGGUGCACCAGGGCCAAGGGGAGCCAAAGGCGAGCAGGGAGCUCCUGGUUUCACAGGAAAACCAGGUGCUCCUGGGGCAGUCGGCCCUUCAGGUAUUCCAGGUCAUCCUGGUCUACAGGGUCCAAAGGGUACACAAGGCCACGCUGGUGCCCCAGGACUUCCAGGUGCAAAUGGUGCCCCAGGACUAAAAGGACAUACAGGCCUCACAGGACCACCAGGAAAAAGUGGAGAGAAUGGAAGGCCAGGACCCAUGGGACCUGUUGGACCCCCUGGUUCCGCAGGUCCUCAAGGGUUUAAGGGGCAUCCAGGUCCUCCAGGUCCACCUGGCCCAGCUGGCUUGACCGCCAAGGGAGUUUCUGGUCCUCACGGUGCACCCGGAAUUCCAGGUGCCAGAGGUCAAGAUGGUCUCCCAGGUCCUGCUGGGCCUCCUGGCCCCCCUGGCCCACCAGGAGAGGUGAUUUACCACCAUGAAAAGAGCAUGCCAAUCAAGUCCCACGAGGUUGUGAUGUCUCAUGAGGUUAUGAAGGCCCCCAUGUCCGCCUUCAGCGCUGUGCUGACCAGGGCCUAUCCUCCAGCUGCAACCCCUAUUCAGUUCAGCCAGGUUCUGUACAAUGGGGAGCACCACUAUGAUGCCCAAAGUGGUGUGUUUACCUGCCAGGUCCCAGGUCUCUACUAUUUCAGCUAUCAUGUGCAUGUCAAUGGUGCCAAUGCACUGGUGGCCCUGUACAAAAAUGAAGACCCAGUUCUCUUCACCUAUGAUGAGUACAACAAGGGCUUCCUGGAUCAGAUGUCAGGCAGUGCCGUUCUUAUGCUGCAUACUGGCGACAGAGUCUAUGUCCAAGUCCCUGAUGAGGAGAGUAAUGGCAUUUUUGCAGCAGAUAAUGUUCACUGCGCUUUCUCUGGGUUCUUGAUUGCCUCAACGUGAUUUCACAAAUCCAAAUGAACCUCAAAUCCUUACAAAACAUUAAACUACUCAGAGAAAUAGAUCAGUUUAGUAAAAAAAAAAAUCCAAAUUAACAUUAAAUAAAAAAUACAGUUGUAAAUUUUUAAUCGUUUAACUCCCUAAUUUGAAUCUUUACAAUAAAAUGUAUUCAAUUUGCUAACAAAUUAUUAAAUUGACAGUUAUAAAUAGUAAAAUUUAAAAAUAAAAGGUUCAAAUUGAUCCCUUUUCAAAGUUCACCGUGUGUUCUUUUGUAACUAUAAGACACGUUAAACAAUUUUCAAGUGGUGCUUUACAACUGCCUGUAACAUUUACAGCAUGUCUUUUAUUUGUGUUUGUUUUUUAUUCAUGUCUGUUGUUUAAGAAUUUUCCUGUAAUAUACAUACAAAAGACACACAAAACUGUUGUACUAUACGUUAUUAGAGGUCAGCACAUUCUCACAAGCACUGUGAUCAGAACAGAACGAAUGAACACAGAAUGAGAAAUUCAAACUGCAUUUCUUUUUCAAAAAAACUAUGUCUAAUUGGUUGUGUUAUGUACCACUUACUGACCAAAACACAGAAUAAAAGUUCUAGUUUGAAAAAGAAAAAUGUGUAUUGUGUGUGUUUUGUUCUUCUUUACAGUAUAGAUUCUUAACAAGAAGACAUGAGUAAUAAGCUGAAAACUAAAAUGUGUGCUUUUUUGGAAUAAAGGUUGUACCUUUAAAUGCA